AGCGCUUCGGAAAAUCUGCCACCCCGUACGCUGGCGAGAGUUGCUCGCGAAGUGCGGGAUCUGCAUAAGAAUCCACCAGAAGGUGUCCGACUGGUAGUAGAUUCAGAUACCGGCGUUCCCAGCAAUCUUUCCGAACUCAUGGCCGAAGUCAAAGGACCCACGGGAACACCGUACGAGAACAAAUUCUUUCUGCUCAAGCUCGUCUUUUCCUCGGACUUUCCGGCGGUCCCGCCAAGGGGUUUUUUCUUGACCAAAAUCUACCAUCCCAACGUGGACAAUGCGACGGGUGCCAUUUGCGUCAAUACGCUGAAAAAGGACUGGAACGCCACGACGGCAUUGUCACACGUUCUAGCGGUCAUUCGAUGUUUACUGAUUGUUCCCUUUCCCGAGUCGAGUUUAAACGAUGAAGCGGGCAAGUUGUUUAUGGAAAGCUACGAGGAGUACUCGAAGCGGGCUCGAUUGAUGGCGGACGUUCACGGGCGG